CCCCUCGAACUCGUGGUUGUUGUGGUCGUUGUCGUUGUAGGUCUUCACUGCUACCUGCACUGUCAAUGUUUGCGCUGUCCAUCGCACCUUCUUGCGGGUUGCCGCCUACUGCCUGCCCUUUGUGUACUAUCGAGUCAUCGCUCUUUGGCCACCUCGCUCGCCGCUAGAGUCAUACCUACCUACCUACUCACUCUUCUUUACUACCACUACCUAACCUACUACUUCCUCUACUUCUUCCUACUACCUACCUCCUACCAUUCCUCCUCCUCCUCCUUCUACUCCUAAUAGUCAGCCACCUGCUGCGCCCAUCCCACUCACCUCAACCCGACGUCCACCCUCACCUCACGCGUCCCCGACUACCCACUCCUCCUCCUCCUACCACCGACCACCGACGACCUGCCUCUAGUACUCCGCUUCCUCCCCUGGGCUGCGAGGACGGACUGCACCUUCUCACGCUAUCCUGAGCCUGCCACAACAACGACGCUCUAGUCACCUUUUCCUAUACUCGAAUUCGACUCAUACUCUCUUCGGCCGACUCGGGCGCGACUCUCCACUCAGCCUCGACGGCAACGAUAGCUAUACCCUACCUAUUCCGGCAGUAUCGAAAUGAAUCCGUCCGUAAUCACUCAGCAGCGCGCCAUCACCAGCUCAGUCACAUUCGAGAAGUCCACCAUUAAAUCUGUCGCCGUUCAAGGACCACAGUGGUGAAUCGCUCUACCUUGAAUCGCAUCUCUGUAUAGCUGGAGAGACGACUCGUAUCACUUGAACAGACUGAGCUGGUUGACUCGGCUGCAUCUUCCUCGCGAUUCUACCCUAUUCGAGACGUUUCUCGCGAAUCGAGGGCUUCAGCCGACCCCCACAAGGAUCACAAACACAUGCUUAUGCUUGUUGAAUGUUAGCAUUGGAAGGCGCAAAGGGUUUGAACACUUUCGGGCAAUAUCGCACAAUCUGACGCGAUUGUUGCUCUUCACAACACAGAAUGAACACGGAGGCAGAGGCUCCGAGCUCUGAUGGUCCAGGACCACAUACCAACCAAUAUGGCCCAUACGAGCCGUCGAUAGUUUCCUCGAUUCCCUCGUCGCAGGUUUCGGUCUUCUCGGAUGCUUCAUCAGCUUCAAGCUCCAUCGCCACAUCGAUUUCUGACGACUUUCGAACUUCCCAAGACGACUACCCUGAGAGGUGCACUCAACGCGAUCGGCAUGAAGACUCCACGUCGGUGGAGGAGGUUGCAGGCCUGACGAAGCAGCGCCUGUCAUAUGCCAACGUCACGUCAGUACCAGCACCACAGCUGCACAAUCCACGGCGGUCUUCGCUGUGCAGGGCUCAAAAGCCACCCCCACUUGUCCGGCAGCGCGAUCGAAAAGUGAACUUCGUGGACAACCUCGUCGACUCUGCCACCCAAAUGGUGGAGGUCAUAUGGCCCCUGUCUGUGGUCCCAUGUCGUUCUGAGGUGGUCGGCCGUGGUGUCCUACCACUGCGAACGUACAUUGAGGAAACUCUGAAGAGAUCGAAGACGAGCUACUCGACCCUUCAAGUCGCACUCUACUAUCUCGUGCUGAUUCGUCCGCACGUGCCCAAGAACGACUUUACCAUGGAGCAGCCCGUGGACUGUCCAGCGGAGCGCUCAUUGAUGUGCGGCAGGCGCAUGUUCCUCGCUGCGCUGAUCUUGGCAUCGAAGUAUUUGCAGGAUCGCAACUACUCGGCCAAGGCAUGGAGUAAGAUGUCUGGCCUCAAAGUCUGCGAAAUCAACGCCAACGAACGAAACUUUCUCAGCAAGAUCAAUUGGAAGCUCCACAUCCCCAAACCUGCUUUCGAGAAAUGGCAGGCAAUUGUGUUGAAAUAUUCGCCAAACACACCACCUUCGCCAGGCUAUGGUGUUCUGUGCGAUAGCUCUCGGUGGAAGCGGGUCAUUCCAUUGCUUACUGCAGAACUUGACAGCCUGCCCAUGAUGGAGGAGAAGCUCCUCCUGGACGGUGGAGCAGUGUCGCCGUACUUUGACGCUGCUUCCUCGACCACACCCACUCCUACCAGGGAUACGCUCAAGCUCCCACGCAUGAUCGAGUCGACUUCCCACGAGACUACGCCCACUCCUGCUAGGGCGUUACCCUGUCUGGAGCCAAUUCCGAACUUUGUGCCCCCCAUGCCUGCCUUGGCACGGCUUGGUCCUCUACCGACGCCGGUCAUGACUCCUCAACCGAUGGCCUCCAGCACUCCUGCAGUGAGUGCUUAUGGCUCCCGUCCAUCAUCCAUGUGCUCUGCUAUGGAGGUUGUGCAGAAAACGAGCCACAACAGAUGUAUCAUGGAUGGAGAUUUUGCAGCUCACAACCCUGUCUCCCAGAGACGUCCAUCACUCAUGAGCGGCGGCUCUUACUACUCCAGCCCAGACUCCACGCUUUCCGAUGACUCCCGACCAUCACGCUAUUCCUCCAUGUCCUCAGUAUCGACAACAUCUUCGGCCAUGGCGCCUCGAGCCUGCUUGGCUCGACAGGCGACGUGCCGGAAUGCUGGGUUGUUGCAUCGACCGAUCGAGGAGGAGCAUGUCGGCACUGCGGUGAAGCCGAUUGUGAUUGACGACGACGUGGAAAUGGUGAGCAGCCCGAUGCAGGCAGACUUCUCCCUUGGCGAGAAGGCCUUGCAUGCACCACAUCGACACAGCCGUGGCUCCAAGCCACACUCGCCACAUGCUGUACCAGCUUCUGCUACAGAGAAGAGCAAGAAGCGAGGCCGUACACAAGGCCAUCGUCGCUCUCAACUUCAAGAAGAAGUCCGUUACUUAUUGGAAGAGUCCCUCGAGGACGAUUCCAUGGAUCUCGACGACCGCGUUUCUCCGCCAGCAGCAGCAGAGUACGCUUCCAGUAUGCUCAGCCGUGGUCCUGUGCUGGUGUCAUGCAAAGAAGUACCGCCUGCUGCCACGAUCAGUGGCAGCUGGGAACAUGCAAGAGUUCCAGUCCACAAGAACGACGGCAAAAAGCGGAGCUGCUGCUCUGUGAGAAACACAUCAAUGUCGAUAUCUCCUGUACCGAUGUACGGCGAAGUUUCUUAGCACAGGAUAGCGGCCUGGGCUUCGGUGUAUGAUUCGAGACGACAUGUGCACAAAAUCACACCCAUUGUAUUAUGACUGCAGCAUCAUGUGGUCACGAACAGGACACGAGCGAGGCGUCUCACUGGGUGUACAUGUAUAAUUAUCGCGAAGAUAUCCAAUGAAGCGAAAUUGUUUUUGACUGUGUGCUUGCCGUCGUCUCAGUACCUCCUACUAGGAGGUAAGAGGUUACAUGUUGCAGUAGAAGAGUUUCCCUCGUGAACUUUCGUUCGCGGUAACGUGCAUGUGGAGAAGAAGGUUUCGGUGAGUACUCCGAAGUCUUCAGUAAGCUACUACUUUUGCCUCAAACCUUAAACUCUGAUAUAUCAUUCCCCAUUCUACUCCUUCAACCCUGAACCCACCGGAAUCAUCAAAUCAAUAAAAUUUCAUAUCCUCUCCCAUCUUCUCCCGAAUCACGUCAUGCGUCAAUUUCAUCAACUGCUCUCCUAAGGCUUCAUUUCUCGACAAUUCCGAACCGGGCUCCACGGCCGCCGGUGGACAAAUAUAUUCUCCGGAUUCGGAAGUUUUUGUCACGGCGUAGAGAGUCGACAAGGCGCCUUCGAAUUGUGUCUUUUUGAAUGGGGCGGCGAGGACGGACAUGCCGUAGCCGAGGAGGGGGUAGGGUUCAUGAAUAUCAUUCUGUGACAUAUCCGUAUUCACCACUCCCGGAUGCGUGGCAUUAAUCAGAAUCUGGGGGACUUGAGGAGUGACAUGUCUCGCGAGAUAGCGGGCGUAGAGGAUCGUGGCGAGUUUGGAUCGUCCAUAUUGGCCAUUGGGGCCGGCGUCGGUGUUGAUUUCUGCGAGGCUGGAAAAGGAAGACGUGUCUUUGGGGGUGAGUUCGUGUGCGUUGGAGGCUUGGAAGGAAAUGUGGACUUGGUGGCCUGCUGUGGCGGUGGAUUUGAGGAGGGGGAGUAGAUGCGAUGUCAAGAUGACAUGUCCAAAAUGAUUGACUGCCAUAUGUCUAUCCACCCCCAAAUCCGUCAACUGAGCAGUCAUAAUCCCCCGACCGGCAUUUCCCACCAACACAUCCAACCGAUCCGUUUCCUUUUGAAUCUGCUCCGCCAACCCCGCCAACUGCUUCCACUCUCCCAAAUCCCCCUUCAAGAAAAUCAUCCUCGAAGCCUUAUCCUCGCCCAAUUCUUCCUUGAUCGCAGCUCGUGCAUGAUCCGCCUCAGCCGCAAACGACAACACAAUCACUUUGGCGAUAUUUUUCGACAGCAAAGUAUGCGUCACGCCGUAUCCGAUGCCCUGAUCUCCGCCCGUGAUCAAUGCCACUCGGCCGGUCUGAUCAGGGACAUCUUCCAAGGUGAAUUGCGUGUGUGCGGGUGCGAGCUUCUGGGCUAUGACACCGCCUAAAUUCUGUGAGAUUGUACUUCGUGCUGCGUCGAUGAGGGAUGCCAUGUUUCUUCUUCCUGCUGGGACUUUGGUGGUGAUGGUGAGAGGAUAGGAAGAGUGAAGGGAUGCU